AUGCACGCACUGAAUAUUCCACAGUAUGGCUGUAAAUCCGUGCCGCUAACUGGAACUGAGUACUUCCAGAAAGAGCGCUUCAAGAUCGACCUACCGCAUCGAUUCAGAUUCUACAACUACAGAGGCCCCACCUUCUGUGACCACUGCGGCAGCCUGCUCUGGGGGCUCUACAGACAGGGCCUGAAGUGUGAAGAAUGCUCCAUGAACGUUCACAGUUACUGUCAGAAGAAAGUGGCCAAUCUCUGCGGAGUCAACCAGAAGCUACUGGCAGAAGCUCUGUCCCAGAUCAGCCUGAAAAAGGACGUGUCCUUAAAGAAGCCGGAUCCAAGUGCCCCCGACACCGGCAUCUACCAAGGCUUUCAGGACCUGACACCAAACCCUAGCGCCAAUGACAAAGCCAAGGCUCCAGGGUCCGCUCCAGGGUCCGCUCCAGGGUCCGCUCCAGGGUCCGCUCCAGGGUCCGCUCCAGGGUCCGCUCCAGGGUCCGCUCCAGCAGCAGUGUCUCGGAUGCGGCUGACCCAGAACCAGCUCAUCUUUCACAAAGUGCUCGGCAAAGGCAGCUUUGGGAAGGUGCUGCUGGCCGAGCUCAAAGGGAAAAACCAGUUCUUUGCCGUGAAGGUUCUGAAGAAGGAUGUUGUGCUGAUGGACGAUGACGUGGAGUGCACCAUGGUGGAGAAGAGAGUCCUGUCCUUGGCCUGGGAGAACCCUUUCCUCACUCACCUCUACUCCACCUUCCAGUCCAAAGAGCACCUGUUCUUUGUCAUGGAGUACCUAAACGGAGGUGACCUGAUGUUCCACAUCCAGGACAAAGGCCGCUUUGACCAGUCCAGGACCCUAUUCUAUUCUGCUGAGAUUAUAGUAGGACUGCAGUUCCUUCACUCCAGAGGAAUCAUCUACAGGGACCUGAAGCUGGACAAUGUGAUGCUGGACCGAGAUGGACACAUAAAGAUCGCAGACUUCGGAAUGUGCCGAGAAAAUGUCUCUGGAGACGUCAGAGCAACGACAUUCUGUGGAACACCGGACUAUAUAGCACCAGAGAUCUUGCUGGGGCAGAAGUACACGUUCUCGGUGGACUGGUGGUCGUUUGGCGUCCUGGUGUACGAGAUGCUGAUUGGUCAGUCCCCGUUCCAAGGCGAUGAUGAAGACGAGCUGUUUGAGUCCAUCCGCACUGACACGCCGCACUAUCCUCGCUGGAUCUCCAAGGAGUCCAAGAACCUCCUGGAACUGUUGUUUGAGAGAGACCCCACGCGGAGGUUGGGCGUCGUGGGCGACAUUCGCUCUCACUCUUUCUUCAAACCCAUCAAGUGGACGGCUCUGGAGAACAGAGAAGUGGACCCCCCCUUCAAGCCCAAAGUGAAGUCGCCGAGUGACUGCAGUAACUUCGACCGAGAGUUCCUGAGUGAGAAACCUCGUCUGUCUCAGGCCGAUAAGAACCUGAUCGAGUCCAUGGACCAAACGGCCUUCGCUGGGUUCUCCUUCGUUAACCCCAAACUGGAGCAGAUGAUGAGCAAAUGA